AUGACAACAACUACGCCAUCAAACUACUACAAGUUUUGGGAACCUCACUCGAGCAGCAUUGAUUUCUGCGAGACCAACUAUCUGCAUUUUGACACGAUUGUGGAAUUCCACAACACGUGGAGCAGUCUGUUGGGAAUCGCCUCGCUGGGGUUGAUUGGAGCGAUUUGGAACAAUCCAACCGGCGAAAAGCGCACCGUCUUGGCCUAUUCUAUUUUAGGGUUGAUCGGUGUCGGAUCGACCGGAUUGCAUCUGUCGUUGCAUUGGAUCUUUCAAGCCAGCGAUGAAUUGCCCAUGCUCUACAUGAACAAUUGCAUUAGUUUCAUGGUAUUCGAGGUCAGGGCUCCCUUUGGCAAACCCAAGUAUCCGUGGUUGCCCUACUUGUUUGCUCUCAUUACGAUCAUUCACACGGUCGUCUAUUAUCGAUUUCGAGAUCGAUACGUCAUUUUCUUUUUUGUCUAUGCCGGAGGCGUCUUUACACUGCUCUAUCAAGGAUACAAUCUGAUUUUGGGACGCGACAAACACAAACGAGGACAUGUCGCUUGGUAUUUUGCCAGUCGCUCCGUGGUGACAUUUUGUCUGGUGGCAUUUCCCGUUUGGGUUUUGGACAUGCAUUAUUGCAACUUCAUUUUGGAUAUUGUUGACAAUAAUAAUACUGCCAUGGAUGGACUACUACUACCACUUCUCAGAGGCAUUACUCCUCAUGUACUAUGGCACUUUUGUGCCGCCUUUGGAACCUAUUGUGCCAUUGCCUGUGUGGUCACUUGUCGCAUGGAAGAACUCAAAAUACCAUUCCAAUUGGAAUAUUUCAUGGGGAUUGUACCCAUCACGGUACGGAUCAAUAAUGAUCAUGACAACAAUCCGCAAAAGAAACAACUAUAA